CAUAGCCAUUUAUCGCGUUGUUUUAAUUAUUUUUAUUGAGUGUAUCUUGUAAUUUUUACAACAUUAUUUGUUCAUUUUAUGUUUGUUUCGUUUUCGCAUGCCACCGCGUUGGUUGCCCGGAUGUUUUAACACGACCGCCGUGAUUUUUUUUCUACAAGUACUGUUGCAUAUUUAGUUGCAUUCAUUUGUUUUUUUUUAGUAUUUUUUUUUUUUUUAUUAUUACAGUAGGUAUUAAAAGAUUUUUGUGUUAUCAUAAGUAUCAUAGUUUCAUAUGCGCUUAUCACCAGUCUUACUAUAGGUGUUAGUGUGCCGCAAAAUUAGGUCGGUAUCCGGGCGCACGUUGCAGCUCCUGGCCAGUACAAUUAUUUUAUUUAUAUUACGUGAGAAUAUAAUAUUUCAUUUUGCAUAAACGAGUGUUAUAAAAAUGGUCGGUAAGAAAUGUAAUGUUCGUUUAAAAUAUAAGUAAAAACGAAUAAUCAUUGUAAAAAAUGUACAAACGCGUGGGAUAAUAAAUACAUAUAACAAUAUGUAACCUUUGGUUGAGUCGGUUGAGACCUAAUCUAAAUAAACAGAUAACAUUCGGUAAUCACAAUAACGUGGCGAGUCUAAAAUUCAGUGAUUCGUGUCCGUAUUCAUUCGCCGUUCAUCGAAAAACGUCUUCGAACAAAAACCGUUAGAAAUAUUCCGUAUGGAAUAGAUCACGAAAUCAGGUAAAAACAAAAACAAUUUUUAAGUUAAAAACAAAAUUAUUUUUUUUUCUGUUCGAACCGACGACCGGGAGGGGACUGCUUUCGCAUUGCUUCCUCCAAGUUAAAAACAAAAUUACCUCAUCAAACCCGCACUCUCACGCCACUCGUUAACAAACGAUUUCGACGUUUCGUGCCCAUAGGUAGGUACGAUAAUAUGCAACGCGUCACGAAACAGUACGCCGCCGCGGCCGCGGCCUGCGUAGCGUUCGUCGUGCUGUGCGGGGUCUCGGCUCCGACGGCGGCCGUCAACGUGCUGGCCAUCGAACCGUUGCCGGCCCGGAGCCAUUGGACGUUCAUGCGGGCGGUGGUCAGGGCGAUGGCCACCGGUGGCCGCGGUCACAACGUGACCGUGUACACGCCAUUCGCGUCGUCAUCGGCAGCCACUGCUGGCGUCUGUGACGGCGGCCCCGUCGGUUGCGGGUACGCGGAACUGCCGUUCCGGCUCGGCGUGUCCGACAAAGUGGCGAUGGACGUGCGCACGGCCGUCGCCAAUUUCGCGGAUCAGUGGCGGUUCGUGGGCGUUGCCGUGGACAUCAGCCGGAGCGCGUGCGACCUGUUGGACCGGAUGUUGGCCGCCGGUCACUUUGCAGCCCGCGGUGUGCGGUACGACAUGGUGGUCGUCGAGCUCGUGUCGUCCGAGUGCGUGUCCCGCCUGUCCGGCGCGCUGGGCGACGACACGCCGCUCGCGGUGUACGUGUUCCCGUCGCCGAUGGCCUCGUGGAUGGAGGCCAAAGUGCUGGGCACCAGCCCCGGCCCGUCGUAUGCGGCCCGGCUGUUCGCCCGGUACGCGGUGCUCGACACGCUGGCCAGACGGCUGGACAACGCGUACGGCUGGACAGUGAUGGCGGCGUUACAGUGGCUGUACGAAUGGGGUGACGAUCAGACCGGCUACCGUAAGCCCGCCGUCACGUUCGUCAAUACGGACCUGACCGUGGAGAAAUCUGUGCCCGUCGUUCAGAACAUGAUCCGGGUCGGCGGUAUACACCUUCCGCCGAUUGAACCGAUACCUUCGGAUAUUUUAAAAUUUAUCGAGGAAUCGCCAAAUGGAGUAAUUUACUUCACAUUUGGUACUGUAAUUGCACUAUCAAAAUUGCCGGAGUAUAUUCAAAAUGUAUUUAAAGAUGCAUUAGCUGAAGUUCCUCAAAAUGUAUUGUUGAAAUAUGAAGGAGAGAUGAAGGAUAAACCAAAAAACGUGAUGACAAGCAAAUGGUUGCCCCAACGAGAUAUACUGAAGCAUCCAAAUGUAAAGUUAUUUAUUAGCCAUGGAGGUAUAUCAGGAAUCUACGAAGCUGUGGACGCUGGUGUCCCAAUUCUAGGAUUCCCCUUGUUUUAUGAUCAACCAAGAAAUAUAGCAAAUUUGGUCGAUGAAGGUAUGGCGUUGUCAUUGGAUUUGUUUUCAGUAUCCAAAAAUACACUUUUAAAUGCUAUCAAUGAAAUUAUUAACAAUGAAACGUACUCAAAAAAUGCUAAAAUUAUUUCUGAUAGAUUUAAAGACCUACCAAUGUCACCGGCUGAAUCGGUUGUUUAUUGGACGGAAUACGUUCUUCGUCACAAAGGUGCACCGCACUUGAGAUCUCACGCAUUUAAUUUAACAUGGUAUCAAUAUUUUUCAUUGGACGUUAUAGCAAUUGUAUUAUUAAUAGUUUUAUCAUUUUCUUACAUUGGAUUGAAAACAUUGCAGUUGAUAAACAAAAUUAUUUUUAAGCCAUCACUAAAAUCGAAUUAAUUUUAAGAAAAGUUUGUGUCUUUAAAA